UAGGUAGUAUCCCGGUCCUGCCUGCUGGAGUGAGGCUACGUAAGCAUUCCUAGCAGGCUGCGACUAGGUACCACACCCCAGACGUCCGGGUAUUCAUUCACACGAGUCUCCAAACAUCCAAAGAGACCACCUCACUAUCUACUUACUGUCUACUUUGCGUCCCUUUCUUACCCCCUUCCCAACGUCUCAGCUGUCGGAUCCAUCUCAAACCAGAGCCGGGGAAAAGGUUCCUCUUAUAUCCAUGGACAGAUGAUCUCGGGUUCAAAGGUCGGGAUCGUACUGAAUACUACCGGCGACAAGACAGCCCGCCGGCACGCCACUCGCCAUGGCUCCCCUAUCGCGCUGGAGCGCCGCUCUGUGCGCUCUGGCAUCGUCCAUCGGCUUUGUCCAGGCCGACCCCUCUGCGGGUGACUAUUAUGUCCAUAGCCUGCCUGGCGCUCCCGAGGGAGAUUUGGUUAAGAUGCAUGCUGGACACAUCGAAAUCACCCCCGAGCACAACGGAAAUAUGUUCUUCUGGCACUUCCAAAAUAAACACAUCGCCAACAAACAACGCACCAUCAUCUGGCUCAACGGAGGACCUGGAUGUAGUUCCGAAGAUGGCGCUAUGAUGGAGAUCGGCCCUUAUCGCCUGAAAGAUGCCGAUACUCUGCAGUAUAAUAACGGUAGCUGGCACGAGUUCGCAAACCUACUCUUUGUCGACAACCCCGUCGGUACCGGCUUCAGCUACGUCGACACCAACAGCUAUGUUCACGAACUUGACGAGAUGGCCUCUCAGUUUAUCAUCUUUCUCGAGAAGUGGUAUAAGCUAUUCCCCGAAUACGAGCACGACGAUAUAUAUAUUGCCGGAGAGUCUUAUGCUGGACAGCACAUCCCAUACAUUGCUAGGGCUAUUCUCGACCGGAAUCAGAAGCUUGAGACCACAACGCCAUGGAACCUCAAAGGUGUCAUGAUCGGCAACGGUUGGAUAGCUCCUAACGAGCAAUAUGAAGCAUACAUCACUUUUGCCUAUGAAAAGGGAAUUGUUAAGAAGGGCUCGGAACUCGCAAAUAAGCUUGAGGCCCAACUCCGGGUUUGUCGGAAUGAGCUGGCCCUGACAAAUAGCAACAAGGUCGGCAACAAGGCCUGUGAAGAGAUUCUCUCUGAUAUGCUUCGUUUAACCCAAAAGAAAGGCAAAAACGGCGAGAACCAGUGUGUCAACAUGUACGAUGUCCGUUUGACCGAUUCGUACCCCAGCUGUGGUAUGAACUGGCCACCUGAUCUUCAAUACGUUACGCCCUAUCUGCGCAAGAGCGAGGUUGUGACAGCAUUGCACAUCAACCCCAGCAAGAACACGGGUUGGACCGAAUGCAAUGGUGCAGUUGGCAUGGCGUUCAGUGCGCAGAAGUCCGAGCCAGCUGUCAAUCUCCUACCCGGCCUUCUCAAGGAAAUCCAAGUUCUGUUAUUUUCCGGCUCUGAAGACCUCAUCUGCAACCAUAUGGGCACGGAGGCGUUCAUUGGCAAUUUAGAAUGGAACGGUGGCAAAGGCUUCGAGGUUUCCCCGGGUAACACGGCACCGCGACGUCCAUGGACUUUUGAGGGAGAUGCUGCUGGUUUCUGGCAGGAGGCUCGUAAUCUCACAUAUGUGCUCUUCAAUAACUCUUCUCAUAUGGUUCCCUUCGACUACCCUCGUCGGACUCGAGAUAUGCUCGAUCGAUUCACCGGGGUAGACAUUAGCAGCAUUGGCGGCCCCCCAGCCAAGAGUGAACUGGACGGAGAGAAGCUCCCAGACACAACAGUAGGUGGCGUGAGCAACCACACCGAAACAGACCAAGCUGCCAAGGACGAGGAGCUCAAGGCCGCCAAAUGGGCUGCCUACCAAAAGUCAGGUGAGGUGGUCCUCGCGAUCGUAGCGAUCGGUGCUGCUAUCUGGGGAUUCAUCAUUUGGCGCGCCCGAAGACGCACAACUGGAUACAGCGGGAUACCGCUCAUGGGCAACCAGAGCAAUAGCAGCGGCAGCGGAUUAGAAGGGUUCCGCAACAGGCGGACGGCCCGCGACAUUGAAGCCGGCGACUUUGACGAGAACCAGCUGGACGACCUUCAUGUCACCUCUCCACGCGACAUGGACAGGAAUCACUAUAGUAUUGGAGACGAUAGCGAUGACGACGACGAUGACUCUUCCGUCCCUGAAAAGGGGACUGCGAAGGACGGCAAGGGCCCUGGGAAGUGACCACACUAGAUUCGGAAUUCGCGUACAAAAAGAUGCAUUCUUAUUUUUUUCUUGUUGUUCUGUUAUUGUCGAAGUUAUGAUGUAUUUAUCUAUGUAUAUACACUCAAUCAAUCAGGUCGGCGUUUAUGAAUUUUGAACAAACCCUGUCUUUGCUGAGCCAGAUAUAUUUUGCGAAAGGUCAAUAACGCUUGCUUGCUCACUACUACCUACCUACUUACUUGCGGGUUAGAUUAGUUGUCUGGGAGAGUUAAUCCUUUUACGGUAGGACUCGUCAAGUAGAUCUAUCUAUCUGUAUAUCUGUACACGAGCUAUACUACUUACUAUCAAUACAUACAUGAUAAAAAAAAAAGAAACGUGUGACAAUAGGUAAUGUAACUACUACCAAGAGAUAUAUGUAUGAUGUAUAAGAAGGAUAGAAGAUAUACCAGUGUAUAUGUAUCGCUGUAGGGCAUGUGUACAUCUAUCAUAAAAUAUGACUUUGUCGAUCGUCGAUCAAUUCUAUAACUCCUGAAUAGACAAUCCCACCCACUCCCUCAAACCCACAGAGUAGAAGAUAGUUUCAUCACAAGUACACACUCCAUAAAUUCACAAUACCAGAAACAGCACAUAAACAAUUUCAAUCGCCUUUAUCAAAUGCAAGCACUUUAUUCACUUCCUUCCUUCCUUCCUUUCUUCCCUCCUGCAUCACCGAUUU